AUGGCUAACGUAUUCAACGUGCAGAUUUUCUUUGUGGUGUUCAGAGAAGCCUUAGAGGCAGUCAUCAUUGUCUCUGUCCUUUUGGCUUUCUUGAAACAGGGUCUUGGUGGUUCCGCUGAUGAUCCCGUCGUUUACAAGAAGUUGGUGCGCCAGGUGUGGGUAGGUGCGAUAUUGGGUGUGGUGGUUUGUUUGAUCAUCGGUGCUGGUAUGAUCGGUGCUUUCUAUGCACUUAAGAAGGAUCUUUUUGCUAAGUAUGAGGACUUGUGGGAGGCUAUUUUCUCGCUUAUUGCUUCUAUUUUGAUUACUAUCAUGGGUCUUGCCAUGUUGCGUAUCAACAAGAUGAAGGAGAAGUGGAGAGUUAAGUUGGCUCAAGCCUUGGUCAAGAAGCCUGAGAACGGAAAGAAAUUGAGCGGUUUCGGUCACUUCACUAAGAAAUACGCCAUGGCUAUCUUGCCCUUUAUCACUACCUUGAGAGAGGGUUUGGAGGCUGUUGUCUUCGUUGGAGGUGUUGGUUUGAGUGCUCCUGCCUCUUCUUUCCCUCUUGCAGUUGUUGCCGGUUUGGCUGCUGGUAUUCUUAUUGGUGUCAUUAUGUACUACACUGGUUCCUCCGUUUCCUUGCAGAUUUUCUUGGUGGCUUCUACCUGUUUCUUGUACUUGAUCGGUGCUGGUUUGUUCUCCAAAUGUGUCUGGUUCUUCGGUAACUACAUCUACAACAGACAAACCGGAGGUGAUGCUUCUGAGAACGGUUCUGGUCCAGGUACUUACGAUAUCUCCAAGUCUGUAUGGCACGUCAACUGUUGCAACCCUCAAACUGACUCUGGUUGGGGUAUCUUUAACGCCCUUUUGGGCUGGCAAAAUUCUGCCACUUACGGCUCUGUCAUCUCCUACAAUGUUUACUGGAUUGCCAUCAUCAUCGCUGUCUACUGUAUGUGGUAUGAGGAGAGAAACGGCCAUUUGCCAUUCUUGAAGAAUGUCACUAUGGCUCAGCUUAAGCCUUCUUACUACUUCAAGAAGAAGCAACAGCCAUUGACCAAGAAAGAGCAAGAGGAGUUGUUCGCUCAAGUCAGGGCUCAAAAGAUUGGCGAAGAUGACGUCUCUGUUGAGGGCAAGAACACUGAGAAGGUCACCGUUUCUCAAUAG